CAGUGAGAUGGGAGGGAUGAUGUUGAGGUGAGCGCAGUUUGCAACCAGUUUGUCGGAGCUCCUCCUCAAUCGUCGGAUAGGGUAUGAACAUCACAUUUGCUCAAUGAGAGCAAGGGAACACAAAAGACGGAACCGAAUUUCGACCUGGUGUGUUACGGUUGCCGUUCUAUUUACCGCUAUAUAAGAGGCUAAUAUGAAGACAUCGUUUGGCAAGCCAGACCCUGGAAAGCUUCAGGAAUACUCCCAUGUUGUUUGAAGCCCACGGCAGCACCAUGCGUUGUGUCUGGUAACAAAAACCAGCUCACCCUCUUUCCAGCCAACCAUUGAGAGUAUAGAAACACACACAGCACAUCACAUCACAGUGAUGGGUUUGGACCAACCCUGCUUGGAUAUGGUGGUGCAAAGGCCCUUUCUGGAUGCAUCGUGUAAGAGGCACCGUCACCAGAACCUGCUUAGAAAGCUGAGGCCCAUACGAAUCCUGGGUUUUGUGUUCAGCCUGGUAGCCAUAAGUGCUAUCUCCUUUUCCUUCAGCGCCUUGACAUGGAGCUCAGGGACCCACUCAGAGCUGCUCCUGCCUCAAGAGGCCCUCCUUCAGUCUGGUCCUGCUCCCCACAGGACUCUACUUUCCACUCAACACCAGAGGGAUCCCAAUGUCUCAGCCAACAUGCCCGUGGCCAUGAGGUCUUCGGCAGACGGCAACGAGAGCCAGGGGGACUACCCCACGGACCUGUUCACUCUGGAAGAGAGGCGCCAGGGUGCUGUGGUGCUCCACAUGUUUGGGAUGCUGUACAUGUUCAUCUCUUUAGCCAUUGUGUGUGAUGAAUUCUUCGUGCCCGCUCUGACAGUCAUCACAGAGAAGCUGGCCAUCUCUGAUGACGUGGCGGGGGCCACCUUCAUGGCGGCAGGCGGGUCAGCUCCCGAGCUUUUCACUUCUGUCAUCGGCGUAUUCAUCUCCCACAGCAAUGUGGGUAUCGGAACCAUUGUGGGCUCAGCUGUCUUCAACAUUCUCUUCGUCAUUGGAAUGUGUGCCAUCUUCUCCAGGGAGAUCCUCAAUCUGACCUGGUGGCCCCUCUUCCGUGACGUCUCCUUCUACAUCAUAGGCCUGAUCAUGCUCAUAUGUUUCUUCCUGGAUAACUACAUCUCCUACUGGGAAAGUAUUGCUCUGCUCUCAGCCUAUGCCACCUAUGUGAUCUUUAUGAAGUUCAACAGCAAUGUUGAGGGCUUUGUGAAAGGCUGCAUGAACAAGAAUCAAGUGGUGGAGGUGGAGGUUCAGCCGAAGGCUGUGAGUCCCGGGGCACCAGAGGAUGAGAGCAAGCUGUCGGCUAGGCCACGGCUCCAGAGAGGUGGCAGCUCAGCCUCCCUGCACAACAGCCUGAUGAGAAACAGCAUCUUUCAGCUUAUGAUCCACACACUGGACCCACUCAGUGAAGAAUUUGCUGAUUCUGAACUUGGAACUUAUGGAAAACUAAAAUAUUAUCACACAAUGACCGAGGAAGGGAAAUUCAGAGAGAAGGCUUCCAUCCUCCACAAGAUUGCCAAAAAGAAAUGCCAGGUAGAGGACAGCGAGAAAGCCAAUGGAGUAGCCAGCCGGUCAGAUACGAAUCUUCCAAACAGCUCGAAUGUCGAGGUGGAAGUCACACCACCAAUGAAUGGCACUGCUGGACAAGAAGGGGAAGCUGCGGCUGAGGAUGAGGAGGAUGAGGACCAGCCUCUGAGCCUGUCCUGGCCAGACACCAUGCGCAAGCGUUUCACCUACCUCUUAAUCAUGCCCAUCAUCUUCCCUCUGUGGCUAACACUGCCCGAUGUCAGGAAACCAACUGCAAAGAAGUUCUUUCCCAUCUCAUUUCUGGGCUCUAUAUGUUGGAUUGCUGGAUUCUCCUACUUAAUGGUGUGGUGGGCUCACCAGGUUGGAGAGACCAUUGGGAUUACAGAAGAGAUCAUGGGCUUGACUAUAUUAGCAGCUGGUACCUCCAUUCCUGACCUAAUCACCAGUGUCAUUGUUGCACGGAAGGGGCUGGGAGACAUGGCUGUGUCCAGCUCUGUGGGCUCCAACAUCUUUGACAUCACUGUUGGCCUGCCGUUCCCAUGGCUCCUCUGGUCAAUCAUCAACAACAUGCAGCCUGUGGCGGUGAGUUCUAACGGGCUGUUCUGCGCCAUUGUGCUGCUCUUCCUCAUGCUCAUCUUUGUCAUUAUCUCAAUUGCUGCCUGCAAGUGGCGGAUGAGCAAGCUGCUGGGCUUCAUCAUGUUCGUGCUCUACUUAGUGUUCCUGGUGGUCAGCGUUAUGCUGGAAGACAAAAUCAUCGCCUGCCCUAUAUCCAUUUGAAAAUCCUCUCCCUCCACUCCUGCCAGAAAGCAUUCACCCCUAACACAAGAUUCAAGAAGCAUGGGGAUGGGAUGGAGGAAAGACUCCUACAAGAAUGAGGCCGCAAGAUAUGGCUCAGCGGAUUCAUUGGUCGGAAGUAGAUAAUUAUUAUUAUUAUUUUUUUGUGUGCGUGUAGAUGGCUGGGGGUUUACAUUUUUGGGGGGAUGGUGGGUGGUGUAUUAGCCAGGUAGAGGAACAACUAUGCCAUCUUAUGCAUGUCACCUGUUUUACUAGAUCAGUUGAUUCUGGACUACUUCUAGCAGAUUGAGGAUUCUGACCUCCUGUGGACUUUGAGGUCAGGAAGUACACAAGAGACUUCUGACAAAGCUGGCUGAGCUUGGCACAACAGACCAGUGUUGCCACAAUAUUGUUCUCAGCUUCAGAAUUGAUUGUAAAAAAAUAAUUCAAAUAACACUUUGGAUGACCCUCUGACUUCACUGACUGACUAGAUGACUUCACUCAACUUGUCACUCCAGUGUGUGUUGUUCUAGUGAGUUUGAUGAUGAGCAACCCUUGGAUGAAGGGAUGUUGCUGAUGCUACACACAAAGCAUUGGUUUUACAUAAGACUAAAAUAUGGUUUUGAGCCAUAAACUUCUCCUCUCUUGUGUACUUAGUGACCAAGCAUCAAAAGAUGAAACAGUCCAAGCAGUUUUGCAUGCAGAGCUGGAGAUAGGAACAGAUUUUUCCUAAUUCAUCUUGUGUUCUGUCCAAAAUCUCAAACUUUACAUCCCCCCUUCCAGAUGUCAUUGCUCACCAUGUCUCUUUGAUUGACACACUAGCUAUAAUUACUGAAAUAGGAGUAGCGUCAGUUGUACUGUCGCAGUAAUAUGUACUGUAGGUGGAUUUGGACUCUUCCUGGGUCUUGAUAGGCCUACUGAUUAUCUUAUCCUCUUCUCAACCUGCCAUUGGACAUAAGAGUUCAUAAUGUACAGAGCUUGCCAUUCUUCACACGCCAAUUAAACUCUACUGGAAAAUGUUGACUUGGAACCCAAUUCAAUCAAUUUGCAGAAAAGGAAAACCACACCACGUUUGACCCAAUGUUUACUCUGCAAAGGACAGAUGUGGUCACACAUCAAUAUCCAAUGACUACAGACCUUAUUCAGAGUUGAGAUACGCGAAUGCAACUGGUAAUUUUGCAUGAAUCAUUCAUUCACAUCUCAAUUUAGAAUAACGCCAACAGUCUGCAAGAAGAAGAGUUUCUGAGUGAAACCACAGGGUAGUUUUCCUUUAUCUGCACAUGAUUGAAUCAGCCUUAACUGUAGCAUCUCAGAAUAUAUAAUAGCUUACAAUGUUAUUCAUUCUGAAUAAGCAAAGCAUGUGUAAACUCAGAUAGGACACUCAUAACCAAUAUGUCUAUGUCAAAAUAAGGUAGUAGUUAAAAGAACUGGCACUCAAUGUUUGAAAGAAUCAUACAAUGAUCUAUUUAGAUUAGUCAAUGUUUAGCACACUCUUGAAAUUAAGACUUGAAUAUUCAGGCUCCUAGAGAAGUUUAUAGUAGGAGGGAAAUGCAUGAUGAAAAAUAUCAGGCCGAAUUGUGUUAUACCUGUGAGAAUUUUCUCUCAAAAAAUAAUGAAUUCUCAAAUAUUUAACAUUUCGCUAUUUCUUUGACUCAAUAGUAUUAGGCUUCUAUGUACAAAAUGUCAACAACUAUGUGUGGUUAAUAUCUAUCAACCUUGUGCAAUUUAUUUUCAAUUGAAAGGUGUUUUGUCUGCAUAUAUGCAGUCUGUAUACUCUCUGUAUACAGUAAUAGCAAAUCAAUGGAGGUUAUAUUACCAGUAUUUUGCAGCAAACUGAAACAUGCAAACAGAAUUAUUGAAUUAUGUAUUAAGUUAGCAAUUCUCAUGCAGUCAUUUUCACAGUCACCCACGCUGUACUUCAAGUUAGUGUUCCUUCUUUUUAUUACCAAUUAACCAUCGAGUGACUUUUACGAAGAAGUAUCAAUCAACAGUAGUGACCAUGAUCCUCACACAAAAAUCUGCAAAAAGCCAUUUUUGUUUUGUUUAUACAGCAAAGUGAUUAGAUAACACAACAUAUAACAGCAUUACCUUACGUCUUUGGUUUUAAAUUCAAAUUCACUCCACUCAGAGGUAAAAGCCUAUUCUGGCAAAGAGCCUCCUCACAAGAAACAGUCAACUUCUAGGAACAUGGAUAUCACAAAACCAACAGCAAUAUACUGUAUGUACUGUAUGUGUCAGGGUUAGGGUCAAUUAUUUUAUAUAUAUAUAUAUAUAUAUAUUUAAUGAAAUUCCACUUUUCUAUGUAUUUAUUUAAGCUUUAUUUACAUGGUGAAGAAUUAGAUGGGGAAGACAGGCAAGGAAGAGAUAAAGUCUGCUGGGGUGCGGCAGGGAUUAAAUCCACGACUGUCAGCACUUGUGCAUUCUGGGAGUAUUAUCAUUGGACCACAGUGUCCAAUUAAAUUGCAAAAUUGUAUUGGUCACACCCCACAGGAAGCAGAAUUUGAAUUGAAUUUGAAAUAACUGAAAUAGAAUUGAAUUCUAUCAAAUUUAAAUGGGUAAUCUAUUCUACACAUCCCUAUGAAAUAUAUUUAUUUUGACAUGGUUACCAAUACUUUUCAGAUAAGCUUGAUAUUAUUUUUUUGUCAAGAGAUGUUAACACUGUUGUUCACUGACAUUCUGGAGUAUUUGAACUAAUGCAUUUUGGGAAAAAAA